GAAUCCCCAUAUGCAACACAAUGUUCUCACCCCAUCUCACUGGCUACGAGCACCAAUACUCCUGUCCCUCCAUGCAAUGGGGAGGAGCUACGUCCCAAUAUAAAGUGGAGAGAAGCCCCAGAACAUCAAAUAAGCAGCAGGACAAGAAGCUCACUGCUCAGAGAAGGUUUUCUUGCUUCGCACUAAAUCAGUUAAAAAAACAAGCCAUAUCCACAAUGAAGACCUACGUCUUGUCUCUUCUGUUGGUGGCGAUGGCCUACUAUUUCUACGCCGAGGCAUUGCCGGCUCCUGAACCAGCAGCCGAGCCCAUAUUACUCUCGUCCCUGGCCGACCCAUCACGAGCAAAGCGACAGCUCCAGGGAAAUUCGCCAUCAACCUAGACCGAUGCUGCGAAUGCCCUGCUCAAGGUCUAAACCGUGCCCAAGGCAAGGCGACCACAAUCAUCAUAACCACCAUCAUCAUCAACGAAGCCCGACAGACGUGCUGCCCUUGCACAGAUGUGGGUAUCAUCCAACCUUCCCGAGUUGAGAGUUAAGAACGCGGGAAGAAGAAGAACAGGAGGGAGAACGGGACUUUGAUCAAUGGCUUCUGUGACGCUCGCUCUUGUAAACGGCAACGAUUUUUGUGACGGAUGAAUUUACGAAAUUCUUAUCUUGUAAGGUCUUCAGUCUCAUGAAAGUUGAACCGUUUAGGUCAUUUACCUUUCGUUUUGCCUCACUUUUUCUUACAAUUGUAAAGCUUAAAGUAGAAUGUCACUAUAAAUUCAUUUCUUGUAGUGUUACAUAAUAACAUUGAUAUAAGGAUGAAGUAAAAGGCUUUGGAUAGCAACCAGGUGUUUAUCUGCAAAGAAUUUUGCUUUUCAUUGUACAUUGUCAGUUCUCAUGCAAUAAAAGCAUCUUAUGCAA